UCUUAGUUCAUUGUUUCAAGGUUCUUCGACAUUCAACUAGAAUUUUCGGGAAAUCUUAAUUAACAGCAAUAGCGUCAGUAUCAGACAUGGACGAUUUCAUGAAAAGAUUGGAAAACCUUCCCGCCGAGUUACAGCAAAAUCUUACUCUGAUGCGAGAAAUCGAUUCGAGAGCUCAAAAAGUGAUUGGCGAUAUUGGCAAACAGACCGACAAAUAUUUUAAGUCAAAAGCAUACUUGACGGAUAAAAAUAAAAAAAAAAUGAACCGCAUACAAAGUAAAUUUGACGAGGCCAAAGCAUACAGCGACGACAAAGUUCAAUUGGCUGUACAAACGUAUGCAUUGGUGGACGAACAAAUAAAAAAACUAGAUGCGUAUUUAGCGCAGUCUAGAGAUAAAUUUGACGAUACAGCGAUCGACGCCACAAUACAUAUGCAGGGCGGUUCACAAAAUAAAAAACUCCAAACGGCCAAUAACAAAGGACAUUCGGACAAAACAUUUGACGUACCUGUUGAUCCAAAUGAACCGAAGUAUUGUUUAUGUCAGCAAGUUUCCUAUGGAGAUAUGAUAUGCUGUGAUAACCCAGAUUGUUCUAUUGAAUGGUUCCAUUUUGGAUGCGUCAAAUUACCUACCGAUUCUAAAAAAAAAUGGUUCUGUCCAACCUGCAAAAAGACAAACAAAAAAAAAUUGAAUAAUUUCAGAAGGAAAUAAGUUUUGCUUUAUAAUAAUAUACAUUUACUUAUAUUUAUACGUUUAGAUGUUAGUAUAUUAGAUAUUUAAAUAUUAUUGUUAUUAGGAUAAUAGAGAUUUAGAUUAAACUUAAAUAUUUUACUGUAUCUGCACUCUCAGUUUAUUUCUUUAUUGUUAAUUCAAAAUGUAAUAUACAACCCAUAUUCAAUAUUUAUAAAAUUAUUCAUUUUAACAUUGGCGUUCUUAUGUAGAAAAAAUGUAUGUAUGGGAGUAAAGAGAAGUUUCUCACCUUAUAGUUAGAUAGUAUAUCACAAUUAUUAUUCAUUAAUUGUAGAAAUGCAUAUU